AUGUCGAAGAUGGCGGACGAGAAGGUGAUUUCGGCGCCGGCGACCGGCGGAGGGGAGGACGGGCUGAUCGCAGGGGACCUGUCAGCCGCGGAGGCGCGGGUCCGUCCGUUGGAGACGCUGCUGCGCGCCGCGCCUCUGGGGCUCUGCGUCGCCGCCAUGGCCGUUAUGCUCCGUGACACGCAGACCAACGAGUACGGCACCGUCUCCUACUCCGACCUCGGCGGAUUCAAGUACCUGGUUUAUGCCAACGGGCUGUGCGCGGCCUACUCCCUGGUAUCCGCGUUCUACACUGCCGUGCCGCGGCCGGCGACGCUGUCCCGCUCCUGGAUUGUCUUCCUCCUAGACCAGGUGUUCACGUACCUGAUCCUGGCGGCCGGCGCGGCGUCGGCAGAGCUGCUCUACCUGGCGUACAACGGCGACAAGGAGGUGACGUGGAGCGAGGCGUGCGGCGUGUUCGGCGGCUUCUGCAGGCAGGCCCGAACGUCGGUGGCCAUCACCUUCGGCUCCGUCGUCUGCUACAUCCUCCUCUCCCUCAUCUCGUCCUACCGCCUCUUCAGCGCCUACGACGCACCCAUGCCCUCGCUCGGCAACAAGGGCGUCGAGAUCGCUGCCUUCCCGCGCUGA